CGUUUCCUCGUCAGUCGAUCCGCCGUCGCGCGAGCUUUCAGGUGCGGUCGUCGUGGCUCCGUAAGCUUUUCUAUAACCGCUAUCGGUUCGCCUCGAGUCGCCGACAGAUGCGGUAAAUCCCACGUGGACAAGCGCCAAUCGUCAAGGAUGCAGCCCCCGUUGCCACUCGGAUGUACUGGACUCAUUUCAAUGGGGGUGGGCUACCGGCGGACAGUGGGGGUGUUGUCGGGGGCGGCGCCCAGGUCGGCGCCGAGGCCUGCGUGAGCCCUUGUCCAGGUUCUCGUAAACAGCAGCGUAAUCCACGGCGACGAGAAGAGGAACGGGAAGCCCAGGAUCAAUGGCAGCUGCCGGCGGAAGAGGACCACGGGCCCCAGAUCCAUCGCCAGGAACAACCAGUGGACAUGGUGGCCCAGGAGAUGGCUCAGGGCUACACCCAGCUCCUUCGCGGCGGGCAGGAGCCCCAGGAGUUCAUAUCCCUCGAGGAACUUAAGCCGAGGCUGCAGGAUCAGGACCACCACGGAUACAGUCAGACCCACAACGAGGUCCAGACGGUUCCGGCUUCACCUAACGCGGCUCUCUAUCACCACUCUGGACAGCAGAGGUCCUACUACAAUCUCACCCCGGUCCCGAAAAGUUCGUGCUCCUUGGUGUACUUCGACCGGAUCGAUGCCGGGGUCGAGGACUUGGCCGUACCUGCAGGAGGCGUUGGACCUGGUGGCGGUGGCGUUCCAAACUCUCAGGGUCCGACGGGGGCCGAAUCGGGACCCCAGAGGGAAGCGGAGCAGGGAGGUGCAGCGACCGCCUCGCACCAUUACCGACAGGCCAGUCAUCACCAUCAUCACCAUCACCAUCACCACCACCAACAAAGUCAGAGUCAGAGUCCGAAUCACUAUAAUCCUGGCCACUGUACUCCGCUGCACGUCCAGCCUUUCGAAUCGCCGUCAUCCGUUGACACAGGGUUUGCCCCGUCGAUAAGGAAGCGGAAGAUUUCCUGGAACGAGAGUAAUGAAUUGCAGAACUAUACGGGAGACGACACCAAAUCCGUCAGAACGAACGACGAUAGUAAAAGUGAGGGUAGUGAAUUGCAGAACGACACGGGAGACGACGCCAAAACCGUCAGAACGAACGACGACAGUAAAAGGCAAAAUCAUAGCGAGAUUGAAAAACGUCGACGAGAUAAGAUGAACACUUACAUAACCGAGUUGUCGGCGAUGGUGCCGAUGUGUCAUGCGAUGUCGAGGAAAUUGGAUAAGUUAACCAUUCUCAGAAUGGCUGUGCAACAUCUUAAAACGAUCCUGGGAGCCGCCACUCCGUACACAGAAGGACACUACAAGCCCGCUUUCUUGAGCGACCAAGAACUUAAGAUGCUGAUUCUCCAGGCAGCCGAAGGCUUCGUCUUUGUGGUUGGUUGUGACCGAGGCCGGAUCCUUUACGUCUCACAAUCGGUUUCGCAAACGCUUAACUAUUCUCAAGGUGACUUACUGGGUCAGAACUGGUUCGACAUCCUGCAUCCCAAGGACGUUGCUAAGGUCAAAGAACAGCUUUCCUCCUCCGAUCUCAGCCCGAGGGAGCGUUUGAUUGACGUUAAGACGAUGCUCCCAGUCAAGACUGACGUACCACAUGACAUGUCGAGGUUCUGUCCGGGAGCUCGAAGGUCCUUUUUCUGCCGGAUGAAGCGGAAACUGGACAACAUGCGCUGCGGGAAUCCCAAGGUGAAAGAGGAAGCAGACACAACGACUGGGUGUCAUCGGCGUAAGAAACAGCAGAAUAAUGAUUGUAAGUAUUGCGUCAUUCAGUGCACCGGAUAUUUGAAGGCUUGGGCUCCAGCGAAAAUCGGACUUGAAGAGCAGGAAGGCGAAGACGAUGGAGAAGCGUGCAAUCUUUCCUGCCUCGUAGCGGUAGGUCGAGUCCAACCGCAACUUCCGGCUUUCUCUGCACCCCGAAGACCGCAUUUGCGAACGAUUCAGUUCAUUUCACGUCACGCAAUGGAUGGGAAAUUUUUAUCCGUCGAUCAGAGAGCCACACUGGUGCUCGGUUUUCUUCCUCAAGAGCUGUUAGGAACGAAUAUGUACGAGUACUACCACCACGAUGAUAUUCCGCACCUCGCAGAGUCUCACAAAGCAGCUCUCCAGGCACGAGAACAAAUAACCACGCAGGUGUACAGGUUCAGGAGCAAAGAGGCCACUUUCGUCCGGAUGCAGUCAGAGUUCAAGUCUUUCCGGAAUCCUUGGACGAAAGAUGUCGAGUCGCUGAUAGCUAAGAACUCCGCAAUUUUCUCCGACGUGAGGCGAGUCGAAAGUAGCGCGACAAAAUCCGAAGACUCCAACCUUCAGGGAAACUACGAUUAUCUCGCCCAAAGUAAUUAUCACCUCAAAUCCACUGCUUCAUCAGGUAACGGUGGAUUGGAAAGACUGAUCAGAAGUCACAUAGAGGUGAGUAAAAUCGGAAGACAAAUAGCCGAGGAAGUCUUGGACUCGCAACGGAAGGGUGAGGACUCCUCCCCAGAUCCAGGAUCGGAGCCUGCUUCCAGAAAUACAGAGUCGCAAAUAUCAACGACAGUUUCCCCCGAAGGAGUAAUGGACAUAUCGGUGCCGGGAGUCGGAAGUGACAACAGCAACAGUGAUCUGACGCCAUCUUUCACUGAGAUAAGAAACAACGUGCAAUUGAGCAGCAUAUCUAAUGAUCAAGGAGUUUCGCCCGACGAAAGUAUGAUGGAAAUGAUCGGUGACUCUAUUAUCGAUGAAUCUCCAAAUCCGAUACCGACUGAUGGUAACGACGAAGCAGCGAUGGCUGUUAUCAUGAGUCUCCUCGAGGCCGACGCAGGCUUGGGAGGUCCUGUAGAUUUUUCGGGGCUACCCUGGCCUCUUCCAUAAAUUGAGACUGGAUUUCGAUGCAUGUAAAUGUGAUAAUUUCAUGUACCGACAAGAGUGCAAUU